GUUUCUUAUUCGUGUGCAGACAACAACCGUAUUAGAACGUUUCAAUUAGAAAAAAUCAAAUUCGUUAAGGUUUUUUCUGUCAGUUUUUGAAAUGUUGAAAAAUACGGAAAAUGGAAACCACGAAGCGAGCUAUGACAACCCAUCGUUUGAAAUUACUAAUGAAAGAAACAUUCGAAAAUUUAGUAAUGAUCAAAACAAAUCUCGAGAAUUAGAGGAUUUAGAACAAACGCAAGAGAAGGAAACUCAAGGAUCUUGGAACAAUAGUAUUGAAUUUUUAAUGUCUUGCAUUGCUAUGUCGGUCGGUUUUGGUAAUAUCUGGAGAUUUCCAUUUACUGCUUAUAAAAAUGGUGGUGGUGCAUUUUUAAUACCAUAUGUAAUUCUGCUCUUUCUUGUUGGUAAACCAUUUUAUUUUUUGGAAAUGAUAAUGGGACAAUUUUCUGGACGUUCCUCGAUUCGUGUUUGGAAUGUUUCACCUGCUUUUGUUGGCGUUGGCUGGGCUCAGUUCUCUUCAACGAUCGUUUUAGCGACUUAUUAUAGUUCGUUAAUGGCAUUAACUCUUUACUAUUUGAUCGCAUCAUUUUCCAUUGAAUUACCUUGGGCAAAAUGUCUUGAAGAAUGGGGAGCAUAUUGUAUCGAUUCGUCCAAGAAAAAAAAAUAUAGUAUGAUGAUCAAUGAUACAUCAUUUUCAAAGAAAUAUUACUACUUCAAUAAACUCAACCAUACUGUGGAUAAUCCGAUUUACCGAAGCUCUGCUGAACUUUACUUUUUAAACACAGUAUUACACGAAAAAGACAACAUCGACGAUGGAAUUGGUUUACCAAAUUGGAAGUUAACACUUUGUCUGUUUGGGUGUUGGGCUUCAGUUUGCAUAGUCAUUUUCCAAGGUGCCAAAAGUACAGGGAAGGCAUCUUAUUUUCUAGCGAUUUUUCCUUAUAUUAUUCUAAUAGCGUUGCUAAUACGUGCUGUAACAUUGAAUGGUGCUGCCAAUGGUAUAUUAUUUUUUAUUACCCCGCAAUGGGAUAUGCUGUUAAAACCUAAGGUUUGGUACGCUGCAGUUACCCAAUGUUUCUUUUCUUUAUCCGUAUGUUUUGGUGCUAUCGUCACUUAUUCGACAAACAAUGAAUUUAAACAUAACAUUUAUAGAGAUGCAAUGAUCAUUACGACAUUAGACACUAUCACCAGCAUGAUCGCAGGCUGUGCAAUCUUUGGAAUUCUCGGCAACCUUGCCUACGAAAUGGAUAUUAAGGAUAUAGGCACAGUGGUAAAAGAUGGCACUGGUCUGGCGUUUAUUUCCUAUCCCGAUGCAAUAGCUAAAUUUGAAGUUUUACCUCAGUUAUUUUCCGUUCUCUUCUUUGUCAUGAUGUUUGUUCUUGGAAUUGGUAGUUCUGUGGGUAUGACAUCGAGUCUUUACGUAAUCCUGAAUGAACAAUUUCCGAAUCUGAAAACUUGGCAAAUUGUUUUGCCAUUGUGUUCUCUUGGAUUUUUAAUUGGAAUAAUAUACGUCACGCCGGGCGGACAAUGGGUUCUUGUUUUAGUUGAUUAUUAUGGUACUUCCUUUGUUGUGUUCAUUUUAGCUACGUUUGAGAUGAUUGGUAUCAUUCAUGUAUAUGGAUUCGAAAAUUUCAUUGAUGACAUAGAAUUCAUGUUAGACAUGAAAGCAAGUAUGUUCUGGAAAAUUUGUUGGUUCAUAAUAACGCCCGUUACAUUGAUCAUCAUUUUCUUCUAUACCGUCGCGAAUCUCUCGCCUUUGGUUUAUGCUGGCAAAACUUUUCCAACAGCCGCUCAUGCGGCUGGUAUAAUAAUACUUUGUAUUGGUGUACUACAAAUACCAAUUUGGAUGCUGUUGACUAUAUUAAAGAACAGGAAUUUGCCAUUAAAAGAGAUGAUUACAAGAGCUUUCCAACCAACGUCCCAAUGGGGACCGAAAGAAAUGAAUUAUCGAAGAGAAUGGUUAAUGUUUAAAGAAAAAAAAAUGGAGAUUAGAAAUAGGAGAAAACAAUCAAAAUUGUUGCAAAUAAUUCGAAUUGUUUUCAGUUUAGAAGUAAGAUAGACACUUCUUUGUUAAAAAA